ACGGCGAGUGGCACCGCCUCACGUCUGGGAGACGGCGCUCAGGGUUUGAAUUCCCCCGCAACAGGAAAAGAAAAGCCAAGUUAACGCUAGCUAGUAGCUUGUAGCCUAGCUAUGAAACCCUGCAGCUGCUAACUCUAGCCUCCGCUACAGUUGACAGGAGUGUGGAGCUUAUUUGCUACCACUGUUUUACAUAACCAGAUCAAAUGGUUGGUGAGACUGUGCAGCCAUGGGUGACAUGAAAACCCCAGAUUUUGAUGAUCUUCUGGCAGCCUUUGACAUCCCGGAUGCCACCGGGCUGGACGCUAAGGAGCCCAUCCAGGGGAGUCACGAGGAGACGGACUGUCAGCUCAAACACACGGGGAUAUGUCUGGACGACAACCUGCUGAGUGACCAAGCAGUCACAACAGCGGACAUUCCCGUUGUGAGUGUUAUUGUGAAAAACACAAGUCGCCAGGAGUCACUGGAAGGUUUUAGUGACAAGCUUCACCCAGGACAGGUGUUACAAAAUGGAUUCAGGGCACAGGACACCUCCACUGACAGCGUUGAGGCAGUAAACGCUGGUUUCUCCAGGUCAUUUGCGUCUUCUCUAAACGGACAAAGCUCCAGAGAGCUGCUUGGAAAGGCUCCUGUUCAGCACAAACCGGAUGGAACGCCGAUAUUUUCCCAGUCAGUUUCUCGUUUUAGUCCCGUUUCCAGCCCCGAGUGUGAAGAUGCACAAUGUAGCAGGAAUGAAAUGCGCUCGAGACACGAGAUGCCUUGUUUCUCAAAGGCCUCGGGUUUGGUGGAACCAUCAGUCCCAGAAAGUUCAAAAGACCUGGACCUCAGCAUGUUCGUCAACUGUCCGAGGGACUCUGAGAUUUACAGGAACAUCCAACAGAGCAGAGCCGAAAGUAAUAGACGCGAGGCGUCCAUUGACAUCUGUGCCAAUAAUGAGACUGAUAAAACAGCUGGAGGACACAAGGCACCUCCUCUGCAAAGUGGUAACUUGAACUCUGUCGAGAACAAUUACAAGAUGGGAAGCUCAAUGCACGUUCACAGCUCUGUUUCACCUGCCAAAUCUCAAACAACUAAACUAUCCUCCUGCCUUGAGGCUCUUGUGGCUCUAAAUGCUAGAAAGGAUCUGGGUGAGCAACCAAACCCCAGAGAGCCAUCAGUGGGUCAGAAUGAUUGCAUAAAAGUUAGCCCAAAGGUGCCAAUAUCCCCACGGAGUCCGAGAAGUCCACUUGAAGUGGUGAAGCGGCUGAUGAAACCCUCCGAUAGCCCCGUAAGCAUCUGCAGCGAUAGUAGCGGCAAAGCAUCGCCUGCAGUUGCAUCUGGGUCACCACCUGCCAUCCCGAGGGUCAGAAUUAAGACCAUCAAGACCACAACCGGGCAGAUCCGGCGCACAGUCACGAGUGUGGUGCCCGAUUCUGAAACCGAUGAAUUUCACUCUGCGUAUGAAUCCUCGCCCUCCCAGAGUAUGAUAAGUGAUGAUUCCUACUGCAACAUGUCUCCUCAUCAGUCUCACGGUGUGGCUGCUGAUGGCAUUUUUGGAACACACACUAAAGGCUUCCCAGCAAGUGCGUCUUUGCUGAAAGUGUUGCACAACAAAUCAGAAGCCUGCAGCAGGAGACCUGGCACAAAGCGCUCUGCAGCUGUGUUUCAUACUACGGGUGGUCAUGUGAAACGGUCCGUUGUGCAGAAGGGGCAGAAACCAAAGCGAGGAUCAGCCACAGCAGCGCAUACAACUAGCACGAAUUAUCUCCCCAAAGCAAUGCACUUAGCGAGCCUGAAUCUGGUCCCCCACAGUGUUGCUGCUUCAGUCGCUGCCCGAUCCACCUCCCAUCAGCAAAGCCAACGCACGCUCUCCUCUACCGUGUGCAGCACUGUCCCGUUGGUGCAUCAGGUGAAAUCAGCCGGUCCUCGCGUGUCCGGCUCCAACACAACAGCAGGAACCCUGAACCGCCUGUUGAACAAUGCCAAGCCUGUGCCUACAUACGUGCCCAACCUGACUCCCCCUCCAGAGAGCAACAUCAGCCUCCCACCGCGUGGGUACUGCUGCCUCGAGUGCGGGGACUCGUUCGGCGUGGAGCGGAGUCUGGCGCAUCAUUACGGCAGAAGGAGCGUACACAUCGAAGUGGGAUGCACGCACUGCGCACAGACAUUGGUGUUCUUCAACAAGUGCGCCUUGAUGGCCCACGCUCGGGAGCACAAGAACAACGGCACCGUGAUGCAGUGCACGCAGGUCAACGUGAAGCCCAUAGCGGAGGAGCAGAUGUUUGUCCCCCUGAGCACUGAGCGGGCGAAGGCACACGCUUACGCCUCCCCAUCCGCCUCAUGUAAAAGCCAGCCUGUCCUGCCCUUGUAUCCAGACAACGUCGAUUACCACCGACACCGAUGCCUUGAGUGUAACAAGCAGUUACCUGACUACCGAGCACUUGCAGGUCAUUAUCAGAGGCCUUCAGAAGAUGUGGAAGCACUACUGUGUAAGGUGUGCUCGAUGUUGUUGCCGAACAAGUGCAGCUUCAGAGCUCACCAGCGCAUUCAUGCACACAAGUCUCCUUACUGCUGUCCUGAGUGUGGCGCCCUGAGUCGCUCCGCAGACAUCCAGAAGCACGUCAAGGAAAACUGUCUGCACUAUGCAAGAAAAGCUUGGUACAAAUGUCUUCAUUGUGAUAUGGUUUUCAAGACCCUUCAAGGACAGAAGACUCACAUCGAAGAGAAACAUUGUGAAGUCUUUUACAAGUGUUCCAUCUGUCCAGUUGCCUUCAAGACCUCUGACAGCUGUGAAUCUCACUUACAAAAUAACCACAGUGCUGGAAAAUUAUCCGCUCAGAUAAUCUUCAAGUGUUCAUGUGAAACCAUUUUCAAGAAGAAGCAGUUGCUGUUUCAGCAUUUCCAUCACAAUGCCAGCAAACGCAUGACGUGUGUAUUUAAGUGUCCAGAAUGCAACUCUGUGUUUCCACAAAAGCAGCUCUUAAUGCAGCAUUUCAAGGGCGUGCACAUAGGAGUCAUGACGGUAGAGACAGAGGAGGAGCGUAAACAAUCUGUCAAGGCCGACUGCGACCAGGAUACUCCCUCUGUCCAACCUGACCAGAAGAGCCCUGGUCGUGUUAAACACAAAGACAGUCAGAGGAAAAAGGCUGACCACAGCCGGCCACGUGUGAAGCCCACCGGCUGGACGUGUGGCGAGUGCGUCCAGUGGUUUCCUGAAAGAGAAUCGUAUGUUUCUCAUAUUAAGACCACACAUGGAAAGUUAGUAAAAAAGUAUCCGUGUCGACAUUGUGAGCAGUCAUUCAAUUCUGCAACCAGCCUGAGACGACAUAAUCGUAGUGACCACGACGGGAAAAGGAAAAUUUACACUUGCUGCUAUUGUACGGAUACAAAGAAAACAUUCACCUCGAGUGUGAUGUUGAGGAAUCACCUAAGUUUAAUGCACGGAAUCAAAAACCCUGACCUUGGACAGAUGGCAAAAACAGCCAUUCAGGAAUCCAAAGCACGCCAUGACCAGGUGCUUGAAUCAGAAACACCUGCUGGCACACAGGACCAGGGGCAGGAUGCCACUGCUCGCCUGGAGCCUCCGUCAGCAAAACGACUGAAGCCUCAGUUACGCUGUUCAAAGUGUGGCUUCAUCACAGAAGACGGUGCCCAGUUCCAGCAACAUAUACCUCAGCACAAAAUGGAUGAAAACACUCCUCAAUGUCUCCACUGUGGCUUGUGUUUCACAUCCCUGCUGUCUCUGAGCAGACACCUUUUCAUUGUCCACAAAAUCAAGCAUCCAGAGGAACGGAAAGAAGACAAAGAGGAGAAGGAGGCAGGGGUGGAGGAGAAGGAGCCGGAUAAUCAGUCGACUCGAUCAGAGGAGACUGCUGAGGUGAAUAACUGGUUAACGGAGCAAAGCAAAACUGAGCCGCUACAGACGGACGAGACAACACAUCUGCACUGUGACAAAAACACGGGCUGCAAUUUGAACCUGAACACACACUCGCAGACACAAUCAGUGUCCCUCUGUUAGUGAUAUGUCACCACCUUUUUAAACCUACUUCAAUGUCUUAAUUGGCCACUUGAAAGCAACAGAUGGGUGAUGAGUUGGUACCAAGUGGCCUUUAAUUGUUUUGAGGCUGUGUGGUGUAACAUUUCAUACAGUAUUUUCAUCAAUAAGAGGACAAAUUAUUAAUCAUUUUAUUUAACUUUGCAUGUUGAUAAUAUAUUAUUUUUGCCUUUUAUACACAAUUGCAGUAAUACUACUUUGUUUGUUUUUAUGCUAUGUUCUUUCCAUUCACCAUGAAAAGAGUCCAGAGUCUCUUGUUUUAUUUUGUUUUUGUAAUUGGAGUAAUUUAAAUAGAUUAAACAGCUAAUCUAGAAUGUUUAAUGCUACACACUAUCACCUGAAUGAGAUUCAGGUGGACGUUUUAUGAAAUGCAAUAAUUGUUCAGAUCUGAAAUAGAAGAUUUGGUGUCCAUUUAUCAGAGACUGGUGUAAUUCAGUAUUCAGCUCAAAGCGCUGUGUGAAGCAUAUGUGAACAUUCUGAAAUGCUAAUUUUCACAGUUAUGGAACAUGUCUUGACUUGUGGGUGCACAUGUCGCAUUUUUAAAAAAAUAUAUUGUUUUUUAUGAGUAUGCGGAGGAAACGUGGAGAGGUAUUGGAUGUGUGGUGCAGCAGUAUUGAAAAUACCUCAUAUUGCCAGAAGUGUAUUUUUCAGGCAGGUGAACGGUCAAUGUCAAGAAGUCAGGGUGAAUUAUUUCAGAUCAUCCCGAAGGUGUGAAGGUCAGGCUUGGUGGCAUAAAAUCACCCACUAAAAACACGAGGAAUGUGUUGAACACGGAGACUCAAGGGGUGAACAUCUUUCACAUGAGCACUACCAACCUCAGUAGACGACGGAUUCUACCUCCGUGGUAAAUAUCUGAUUGUUAAACGGUGAAAGGCUUUGAAGCGUUGCAGGUGAUCUUAGUGCAAUGUAAAACAUUAGUUCAUAAAAUGUGUAUUAUCCCACAUUAUUAAAUUUUAUAAAUUAUUAUGGGAAAGCAGCUCAGACUAUAUGGUCAUAUUGACUGAACUGGCGUCUAUGGCAGUGUUGUGUCAGCUUUGUUUCUCUGUAAUCUUGCGUCCUUGAAUCACCAACUGCAGCUUCUGAGUCUGCAGAGGCUGAAAAGAGUAACUUGUUCUUUUCUAAUGCUUGUUGAAAGACAUUUGUACUUUUGAUACUGUGUACAGUGAGGACUUGUGUAGGAUAGGAACCUUUGUACAUACAGUAGUCAAUGAACAGGAUUCACAGCAUUUCUUAAGCCAUUACAUCUAUUCAGCAUGCAGUGGCACUUGUGCCUUGCUGUUAUGUUUACACAGUACUAACAAAUAAAUCAUUGCAUUUAAUUACA